GUUUAUAAUUUUCAUUGACAUGACGAUUUGACAGUUAGUUAGUUUAGUAAGUUUUUAUUGGCAUCAUAGUUGGUAUACAUUGCGCUGCUGUGACGAUUUGACAUCUAUCGUCUGUACGAUGCUGCCAUCGGACGAUCUGCGAGCUUAACUCUCGUUGCAUUUUUCACUAGUCCCGUAGCAGACGCCGCGAUUCACAUGAGCGGUGUCGCGCAGCGAUUCGCUUUUUUGUUUAUUUUGCACUCACUUGCAGUACAUUUGUGAAUUCAUUUUAAAACACAGGCUCAAAAAGAUGUGGUUGACGGAUAAAUUGUUCGCAUUUCGUGCUCCUGGAAGAGGCAGAAAGCCUCAACCACCCAAUGCCACAGUUUUCCAAGCGAUUCUCCCUUUGAAACUGAAGGAUAGAGUUUCAGGAAAACAUGACAAAUCCAAAGCUGGUGAUUGCUUAUAUGAAAUGUCCUUGGUUAUCGCUUGUUUGAAAGAGAACGAUUAUGAAAAUAAAUUGUGUCAAAAAGAAGUUUCUGCUUUCAAUGGUUGUUAUAAAAAGUACCUGAAAGAGUCAGCAGAAAGUAAAGCAGCUCAACAAAAAGGUAUCCUAGUACCUGGUGACAGAAAUAUGACUCGAAAACAAAUUUCAAGGUUACUUAAGAUUAGACCAAUGUUAUAGAUUAGAUUUUUGUAGAAUAAAUGCAUCUAUUAUUGUUUACUUUGGUUAAAUAUGUCACUGAAUAUUGUAAUAAUAUUUGCUCAUUGCAAAUGAGUUAAAAUGUUUUUCAAAAUAAAAAAAUAAGUUGAAACAAA